AUACUUAAAUAUUAAAAUAUUAUUGAAUGAUAUAACAAUCAAAUCUACAAUGGUCAAUGACGUAAAUAUUAUAAAAAAAUGCCAUUCAAACUUUGAAAACCUACUUAUCACAAAAAAAUUUGACUAUAAAAUACAACGCUAGGAAGUGCAGCACUACAGCAGCUAUCUAAUAUAGUCAAUAGCCAGUGAUUUUGUAUAUUACGUUGCUAUUUACACGGAGAAAUAUGUCUAAUCUCUUGGUUUUCUAUUUGAUUACAUUGGCAUUGUCGUCAGCGUGUUUGGCGUCAAAGAAUAUUGUUUUGUUCUUAGAUAAUGAGAACAAAUUGAUAGGGGAACAUGGAAAAAUAACCGCCAAAAAGAGCCUCCAGCUAAACUUUUAUGAAGAUUGCAUUAAUAAAGAUCUAAAUGUGUGUACAUCAAAGAAAAAAGGUAACGAACAUUAUUUGCGUUACUUUUCACAAUCAGAAAAGCCAGAAUGUAAGAAUUACGAGCAAGUAGCUCAAUCGAAGAACGAUGUCUUGCAAUUUUGUGUCGAUAUGGGAAACAGCUCUUGGUAUGGUGGUGCCGAAACGACUUUUCAACAUUGGCCGCUGAAUAAACUCGAAUGGACGGAUACACCAUAUUUGACUAGAGAAUUAGGCAGUCAAGCAGUCGUGGAGUCUUAUUUCUUCAACUCUGACGGAUUUUAUAUUCAUAUUGACGAGUCGGUUCCUCUAUUUUUAGAUAUAAAUGGUCUACGACCGGGUAAAAUGUGUUUUACAGCUAAAGUUGUUGCUCCAUAUAGGAAAGUUAGAAAUAGUAUGCAAUACCAAGUAUGCAAAUAUAAAAACGCUCGAGUAGCGCAUGAAAGUGCUAUUAAAGAUUUCCUAGGUAUGCCUACAUCUAUACCUGAUCCAUACGUAAUAAAGUAUCCAAUUUGGUCCACGUGGGCAAGAUAUAAAGCUGAUGUUGACACGUUCACUGUACGAAAGUUUGCUCGAGAAAUAAUCGAUCAUGGAUUUCCUAGAGGUACAUUUGAAAUAGAUGACAAAUGGGAGACUUGCUAUGGUAGUGCAGAAUUUAAUACAUCUAGAUUUGAGAAUAUAAAAGAACUUGUUAAUGAAUUGAAAUCAAAUGGUUUCAAGACUUCUUUGUGGACACAUCCGUUUGUAAACUUGGAAUGCCCUUGUCAUAAUAUCGCCAAAGAUAAGGGAUAUUUAGUGAAAAGUACAUCAAACACAGUAAAUACCACAUGGUGGAAUGGAGAUGGAUCUUAUGUAGACUUCACAAAUCCUGAAGCAGCUGCAUGGUGGUCUAAUGCUCUCCGUAAUUUACUUGCAACAUCCGGAAUUGAUACACUGAAAUUCGACGCAGGAGAAAGCAGUUGGAGUCCGCAGCUUCCAGUAUUUCACGAUAGUGAUCUGACUUACUACCCCGACAACAUAGUAAACGCAUAUCUUAAGACUAUUACAUCUUUUGGUAAUGGUAUUGAAUACAGAGCAUCCAGAAGAAGUCAAGAAUUUGGUCGUCUUUUAAGAAUGAUGGAUCGUAAUUCUCGGUGGGAUUUUGAACUUGGACUUCCGACAUUAAUAACAUCUCUGAUACAAUUGAAUAUGAUCGGAUAUCCGUUUGUCUUGCCUGAUAUGAUUGGUGGAAACGGAUACGAUAACUUGCCACCUUCUAAAGAGAUGUAUAUUAGGUGGAUGCAAGCAAAUGUAUUCAUGCCAGUUGUACAGUUUUCGUACACACCUUGGGAUUUUGAUCAACAGACAGUAGAUAUAUGCAGAAAUUUAAUGAAUUUGCGUGCUAAUUAUACAGACACCAUUAUUGAACUGAUGAGAAGUAGUGUAGGUAAAGGUACUCCGUUAAAUCCUCCGAUUUGGUGGAUUGACCCUAUAGAUCCAGUUGCACAAGCAAUUGCUGACGAAUAUCUGUUGGGCGAAAAUAUCCUUGUGGCUCCGGUCAUUGUUCAAGGUGCUAAGUCCCGAGAUAUUUACUUACCUUCGGGAAUUUGGAGAGAUGAAAACCAUCCAAACUCACAACUCAUUAAAGGCAGGAAGUGGUUGCGUAAUUACCCUGCCAAACUCGAGGUUCUUCCGUGGUUUACAAGAGUUAGAGCUGGUCCAUAUAUUUUUAGUAAUUAAUAUUAAUUUUUUAUUAACAUUAAUAAUGUUCCAUAAUAUUAUUUUUAGUUAUAGUUUUUUUUUAAUUAUUGUUUUUUAAUUGAUAAGUUGUCUGUGAAAAAAACACUCAACCUAUUUUAAAUCAUUUCCUUUUUUCUUUUCACGUGAUAUUCACGGUAUCUAUAGAAUGUAAAAAAUGUAAAAGUAACACCAACAUUUCGGGUUAAAAAAAUAUUGAAUA